AGACAAACGCCUUAACUGCUAAGCCAUUUCUCCGGCCCAAAGACCCUUACUUAGGGGGGGACUGGUGAGGUGCAUGUAAAUAGUGCCCCCCCCUUCUCCCCCACAUGCAAGAAUUUGUUUUCAUUCCUGGGCGUGUGCUGUGGAUUCCUGGCUAAUCCGAAGUCUUCCAACCCACCCCCCUCGUUGCCGUGGAACAUAUGUAAAUGAUCCCUUUCUGUGCCGAUUACCGGGCUCACCCAUUCUGCCUGCCUAGACCUUGCAGAAUUGGAACUCAGUGGGACCUCCAGCCUUUAUUUUACAAAUGAGACUGAGGCCCAGAGAGGGUAAGGAACGGAACACCAGCUGGCUGGUGAAUUGUGGGACUUCACUAGAAUUCAGACCUCCAGCUUGCACCAGUAUGCCAGUACCUUUACCAUACAAUUUUGUUUCCUCUCUGGGAGCAGUCUGAUGUCCUUCUCCUUUAAGUCUUCCAGAAACUGGUCUGACCUUGUUUCUUUCCCCAGGCCUAUGGGUGCAGGUGCCAGGAUCACUCUUGUCCCCAAGGCUUACUGCGGACCUCCACAUGUUGGACUGAGGGAUUCCACAAAGAAUGAGUCCCUCGUCCUUUUACCACUCAUAACUCAACUUUCUCUACUGCUGUCCUGUCACCCAACGCCCUCAUGUCUACCAUACUUCUGAACCUGGAUUUUGGGGCACCUCCCAAAAAGACAUUCGAAGGAAAUGCCAAGCAUCAACGUUUUGUCAAGAGACGACGAUUGCUGGAACAGAAGGGUCUUCUAAAUAAGAAGAACCAGCCCCCUAGCAAGGUGUCGAAGUUGCAUUCAGAACCUUCCAAGAAAGUGGAGACACCCAAGGUGAAUGGCACUUGUAAGACCUCUUCCCAGCCACCAAAGAAGAAGGCAGCUGCUUCCGGCGGGUCGGAGAAGUCUGUGGCCAAGAAAGCGGCAGUGACUUGGCUGACCCCUGCUCCUUUACAGAAGGCGGAUUCUGUUGUAGCUAAAAUCGAUUUGCUGAGCGAGUUUCAGAGUGCCCUUCCAAAGAUGAAGCACCGCCCACCCCGCCCCAAAAAGAAGCCCCCUGAGAAGAGUGCCACCCAGAGCUCCACCCAGACUCACUCAGAGAGCAAGCGUUCCAAAGCACCUCAGAACUUGCCAGGGAAGAUGGUGGCAAUUGACUGUGAGAUGGUGGGCACAGGACCCAAGGGGCGGGUUAGUUCUUUGGCUAGGUGCAGCAUCGUCAACUACAGUGGUGAUGUGCUUUACGAUGAGUACAUCCGGCCCCCCUGCCAUAUCGUAGACUACCGGACCAGAUGGAGUGGCAUCCGCAAGUGCCACAUGGUGAAGGCCACACCCUUUAAGACUGCUCGGGUCCAGAUCUUGAAGAUACUCUCCGGGAAGGUAGUGGUGGGGCAUGCCAUCCACAAUGACUUCAAAGCCCUACAGUACUUCCACCCCAAGUCUCUCACCCGAGACACCUCCCGAAUCCCCCUCCUCAACCGGAAGGCCGAGUGCCCAGAGAACGCCACCAUGUCACUGAAGCAUCUCACCAAGAAGCUGCUGAACCGGGACAUCCAGGCUGGAAAAAGUGGUCAUUCCUCUGUGGAAGAUGCUCAAGCCACCAUGGAGCUGUACAAAGUGGUUGAAGUCGAGUGGGAGAAGCAUCUGGCCCAGAAUCUCCCCAAAAACUAGCAGCCCUAAGAGACGGAGGUGGCAGAGCAGUGCACAGGCCUGCCAGCUUCAGCCUCCGGGAGCUCGGCUUGCCGGGGGCGAGGCUGACCUCAGACGUAAUACCCAUUGAAGUUUCAUCUCUGCCAUCGCGUUUCCUGUCUGGUUAAAUGUCCCAUGGAACUGAGAAGCCUUAGGCCAGCCUGUGGCACAGACUAAAUCCCAGAUACUGAAUAAUGGAGUGGUUGAGUAGGAGGUCCCAAGUUCAAGGCCUGCUUGGGCCACAGAAUGAGUUCAAAGCCAGUGGGUCCUGUUGAAAUAAAAUGUAGAGUUAGGGUGGGGAGUGCAGUUCAGCGGUGGGAUGCUUUCCUAGCAUGAGGAAGCCCUGGGUUCAGCCCCUUGACAAGAGGCUGGGGAGACCCCAUCCUUAGACUGCUGACUUGACUUUCUUCCUAAAUGGUGCUCGCUACAGGUCCUUGGGUGCUUUGUGCCAGCCAAGCUUUUUGACUUUCAAAGUGAAGGACAUGCCAGGAAAUGUAAUUCCCCACACUGCCUUACCACUAGGGUGCUUGUAUGCCUCUUUUUUGUUGGGGGGGGUUGUCGAGAUAGGGUCUCACUCUAGCCCAGGCUGACCUGGAAUUCACUAUGUAGUCUCAGGACGGCCUUGAACUCAUGAAGAGCCUCCUACCUCUGUCUCCCAAGUGCUGGGAUUUAAUGCAUGCACCAGCAUGUGUACCUCUCUUUUAGGAGGGCAGAGGGGCCCUGUGUGGUCAGCGCUGGCCUUAAACUCCUGAGCUCAAGCAGUUCUUCCUCGGCCUCCUGAGUAGCUGGGACUAGAGGUGUGCACCGCUGUGCCUGGUUGGUCUCAUUUUGGUUUUUGGUCCUGGUUUAAGCCAUGUGUGGUGGCCCAGGUCUAUGAUGUCAGCACUCAGAAGGCUGAUGGAGGAAGAUCCAAAGUUCAAGGCCAGCCUGCACUAUGUGGAGAAGCCCUAUCUCCAAAAAGAGAGAGAGAGAAAGAAAAGAGAAAGAGAAUGGGCACUGAGCUGUGUGCUCACAUUACAUGUCAUCUUUCUGGCUCAAUCUGCCUUGGCUGUUGGGGUGUCUUAUGCCUGCUGCCUUUCAGGGGAGGCUUAGAUCCCUUUGGGGUUAUAAAGUAGGUAAGAGUAGAGCUUGGAAAUAACUUUUCUGUCUCUAAAGCUGUCUCUUACCUAGAGUAAUGGAGGAUUUACUUAAUUUAAGUUCUAUGUGGUAGGAUUCGAUGGAAUUUAAAGUUUUAAAUUGUUUUAAUACUCUUACCUUGUUGAGCCAAUCCUUAUAAAAACCUCAAGUGAUUCUUUUGAUAAAUUUUUAUAAUAGAAAA